AAGAGAGGGUGUGGGAUUGGGACCCAGGCCCUUCUUUCUAAACUCAACCCAUUUCCCUCCCUACCCCUUAUCUUCAGGACUCUUCAGAGCUAAUCCUCUAAGUUCUCUGUACUCAGUUGGUUCUCAGUUAACUGGUCAAGUGGAGUGUAAUGGUGGCGUAGAGAAUCACAAAUGGAAAAUAAUUCCAUAAUUAUUUUUUUGACCUUGCCUAUGAUUGAUUAGGAUAGCUCCCUCUAGGGGUAGCAGCCGGUGUGACUCCCUUUCUGGUGACAGACAGGGCCCCAGCAGCCCUGUCUGUUACCAUGUGAGUCAUACUGGCCAAAGCUUAGUCCUAGCAUAUGCACCUGAGCCAACCUGGCCAAUCAGAUUGUUUUGUCAAUAAUUUGAAAUUUGAACUGGAGAGAUCCAGAACCUUGGGAGUCAUUAAAGCCAAGUCAUUCAUAGCAGCCAGGAAACAAUAGGAACCAACAGCCUCUGCCUGCUGCUAUUGCAAUUCCCAGGAUCUCUCCUUCCCUGGAUCCCUCCCUCCCAGGUCUGGGCUGUGCAGUUCCUCCCCCUGCCUUAAAACACCCCACUAUCUCUGUAAAGUCUCUCUCUCUCUUUUUUUUUUUUUUUUUUUUUGACUUAAUCUAGCUAGAAUCUAUUUCUGUUGAUUACAACUUAACUAACUCAUUUACGGAUAGGACUUUUUUUUUCUUUUUUUCUUUUUUCUUUUCUUUUUUUUUUGAGAUGGAGUCUCACUCUGUCGCCCAGGCUGGAGUGCAGUGGUGUGAUCUUGGCUCACUGCAACCUCUGCCUCCCAGGUUCAAGCAAUUCUCCUGCCUCAGCCUCCCAAGUAGCUGGGACUACAGGCACACGCCACCACGCCCAACUAAUUUUUGUAUUUUUAGUAGAGAUGGGGUUUCACCAUGUUGGCCAGGAUUGUCUCCAUCUCUUGACCUUGUGAUCUACCCACCUCGGCCUCCCAAAGUGCUGGGAUUACAGGCAUGAGCCACCACACCCAGCGAGACGGGGUUUCAUUAUGUUGGCCAGGCUGGUCUCCAAUUCCUGACCUAAAGUGAUCCGCCCGCCUUGGCCUCCCAAAGUGCUGGGAUUACAGACAUGAGGCACCACGCUUGGCCGGGAUAGUGUAUUUUUAUAGCACUUCCCCUACUGAUUGCUGCCUUCUCUGUGGCUACAAGGGACCCACAGAAUUACAGGGAAGUUACAGGGAAGCAGGUUUCAUCUCAAUAUUGGGAGAGAUUUCAAACAAUCAGACCUGCCUGAGAAGGAGUGGGCUGUCACUAGGAAUUUUUAUUCCCAGUCAGUCAAGAAUUUUGUAGAAGGGCUUCAUGUGCUGGUACCAAUAGGACAGGAAGAUUUUAAUCAGCUUUACUAUCUAUGUUUUUUUAUGGAAACUGUGUGUAUGUAUACAUACAUUUUCCAAAAAGAAAAAUUAAAUGAUUAUAGAGAUUAUGUUUUUCAGACUACUCACAUAUCUGCUUUUCUUACUCCCCACCUCUGCUGAUAAUUCCUAGUUCAUUGGUUUUUCCCCCACACUGGAAUUACCUGGGGAGCUUAAAAAACCCUGAUGCCUGGGUCCCACCCUCAGAGAUGAUUGAACCAGCCUGGCCAGCAUGGCAAAACCCUGUCUCUACUAUGAUAUGAAUGCAGCCUGGGCACUGGGAAAUUUAAAAACUCCCCAGAGAAUUCUGUGCAGCCAAGGUUGAGACCUCCUAGUCUAGAGUUUUGCUAUACACAGGGUGGUCCACAAGCCAGGAGCAUCAGCAUCACUUGGCAGCGCCUUAGAGAUUCAGACCCCAGACGCACUGAAUCUGACCCUGCAUUUUCACUAGACCCCAGGUGAUCAGCUGCACUAGACUCAACCUCUAAACCAAGACCUCCCACCCUCACAGUCUGUGAUCCUUUAGUGACCCUCAGCUGAGUCCUGUGCUGAACUGUGUUUGUUCUCCUUGAGCACAUGCCCGCUGACCAGGGACAGACUGGAUGAGCAAGCAACCUAUUGGCUAUGGAGAGGAGCCAGGCUGGGUGCUCAACCAUGUCUAUUAGAGAAACUGAAUGAGAAGGCAAAGCAUGACAAGUGCCACAAGAGACCUGCACACUGCUCUGGAUGGUAAAGCGACGCAAGGAGGGAAGAAGGACCAUCAGCACGUGCCCAUCGACAUCCAGACCAGCAAGCUGCUCGAUUGGCUGGUGGACAGAAGGCACUGCAGCCUGAAAUGGCAGAGUCUGGUGCUGACGAUCCGCGAGAAGAUCAAUGCUGCCAUCCAGGACAUGCCAGAGAGCGAAGAGAUCGCCCAGCUGCUGUCUGGGUCCUACAUUCACUACUUUCACUGCCUAAGAAUCCUGGACCUUCUCAAAGGCACAGAGGCCUCCACGAAGAAUAUUUUUGGCCGAUACUCUUCACAGCGGAUGAAGGAUUGGCAGGAGAUUAUAGCCCUGUAUGAGAAGGACAACACCUACUUAGUGGAACUCUCUAGCCUCCUGGUUCGGAAUGUCAACUAUGAGAUCCCCUCACUGAAGAAGCAGAUUGCCAAGUGCCAGCAGCUGCAGCAAGAAUACAGCCGCAAGGAGGAGGAGUGCCAGGCAGGGGCUGCCGAGAUGCGGGAGCAGUUCUACCACUCCUGCAAGCAGUAUGGCAUCACGGGCGAAAAUGUCCGAGGAGAACUGCUGGCCCUGGUGAAGGACCUGCCGAGUCAGCUGGCUGAGAUUGGGGCAGCGGCUCAGCAGUCCCUGGGGGAAGCCAUUGACGUGUACCAGGCGUCUGUGGGGUUUGUGUGUGAGAGCCCCACAGAGCAGGUGUUGCCAAUGCUGCGGUUCGUGCAGAAGCGGGGAAACUCAACGGUGUACGAGUGGAGGACAGGGACAGAGCCCUCUGUGGUGGAACGACCCCACCUCGAGGAGCUUCCUGAGCAGGUGGCAGAAGAUGCGAUUGACUGGGGUGACUUUGGGGUAGAGGCAGUGUCUGAGGGGACUGACUCUGGCAUCUCUGCUGAGGCUGCUGGAAUCGACUGGGGCAUCUUCCCGGAAUCAGAUUCAAAGGACCCUGGAGGUGAUGGGAUAGACUGGGGAGACGAUGCUGUUGCUUUGCAGAUCACAGUGCUGGAAGCAGGAACCCAGGCUCCAGAAGGUGUUGCCAGGGGCCCAGAUGCCCUGACACUGCUUGAAUACACUGAGACCCGGAAUCAGUUCCUUGAUGAGCUCAUGGAGCUUGAGAUCUUCUUAGCCCAGAGAGCAGUGGAGUUGAGUGAGGAGGCAGAUGUCCUGUCUGUGAGCCAGUUCCAGCUGGCUCCAGCCAUCCUGCAGGGCCAGACCAAAGAGAAGAUGGUUACCAUGGUGUCAGUGCUGGAGGAUCUGAUUGGCAAGCUUACCAGUCUUCAGCUGCAACACCUGUUUAUGAUCCUGGCCUCACCAAGGUAUGUGGACCGAGUGACUGAAUUCCUCCAGCAAAAGCUGAAGCAGUCCCAGCUGCUGGCUUUGAAGAAAGAGCUGAUGGUGCAGAAGCAGCAGGAGGCACUUGAGGAGCAGGCGGCUCUGGAGCCUAAGCUGGACCUGCUACUGGAGAAGACCAAGGAGCUGCAGAAGCUGAUUGAAGCUGACAUCUCCAAGAGGUACGGCGGGCGCCCUGUGAACCUGAUGGGAACCUCUCUGUGACACCCUCCGUGUUCUUGCCUGCCCAUCUUCUCCGCUUUUGGGAUGAAGAUGAUAGCCAGGGCUGUUGUUUUGGGGCCCUUCAAGGCAAAAGACCAGGCUGACUGGAAGAUGGAAAGCCACAGGAAGGAAGCGGCACCUGAUGGUGAUCUUGGCACUCUCCAUGUUCUCUACAAGAAGCUGUGGUGAUUGGCCUUGUGGUCUAUCAGGCGAAAACCACAGCUUCUCCUUCUAGUUAGUAUAGCGGACUUAAUAAAAGAGGAAAAAACUCUUGCUUCAGUA